AUACUGGUACAAAAAUGGCUGCCUGUUUCCUGAUAUGUUGACUGUUUUCAUCGCCAUUGACAAAUGUUGGAAGGAGAAUGGCUGUCUUCAGAUUCUGGAAGGCUCUCACAAGUGUGGCCGUAUUGAACAUGUCAUGGUGGGAGGACAAACCGGAGCAGAUCUUGAGAGGGUUGAACAGUUGAAAAAGGUGUUGCCUCUGAAGUACGUGGAACUGGAACCAGGUGAUGCAUUGUUUUUCCACUCCAACUUGUUGCACAAUAGUGCACCAAACCAGAGUCCCCACAGACGAUGGGCAUUCUUGUGCGCUUACAACCGUGCCAGCAAUAACCCAGUCUAUGAACAUCAUCAUCCACAAUACACUCCCUUGACAAAG